ACUUGAUACACGACACAAACGCGAAGUCAAAGAGCUAGAACAAUGGGACCCAUCGACGGCGCUGAGGUUGCGAAGCACACUAAGAAGGACGACUGCUGGAUCGUGCUCGACUCGCAUGUGUACGAUGUGACGAACUUCCUGUCUGAGCACCCCGGCGGUGCACCGGUCAUUUUGAAAAAUGCCGGAACCGAUGCGACAGAAGAAUUCAAGAAGUAUCAUCCUUUGAGUUACCUUAAAGACUACAUCGAUCAGUCGUCCGUUCUGGGACUGGUAGACCCCAACACCCUGGCACAGUUGAGAAACUCACAAAACAAAGCUACAGAGACACCAUCAGAAACGAAUAAGUCACCCGGCAUCCCGCAUGUGUCAUUGUGCGUUCAGACCCCAGAUUUUGAGACGGUAGCAAAGGCGGUCCUCCCACACAAGUCCUAUAUCUAUGCAUCUGGAUCAGCCAACACGGGUGCGUCGCUGAAGGGUAACCUCGAUGAUUGGGGUCGCAUUUCUUUCCGCCCGCGCGUCAUGCGCAACGUGGGCGAUGUCGACACGCGCCGCAAGAUCUUUGGUCACAGUUCACAGUAUCCAUUCUAUGUCUCACCCAUGGGCACUGUUGGCGCGAUUCACGACGAAGCCGAGCCAGCAAUGGUCAAAGGUGCGGUGCGGAAAGGUGCACAUGUGGUCGUCAGUACGGCGAGCACGAAGUCCAGCGAGCAAAUCAUGCAGAACUAUAUCGAGGAGCAAGGAAGACUGAAGAACGGGAGUCCGACUCAGCUGUUCUACCAGUACUAUAUGCCGGUGGAUCGUACAAAGGCAAUCGAGCUAAUGCAUCUCGUUCAGAAGGCAGGGUAUAAGGGGCUGUGGAUCACAGUCGACACACCCAUCCUUGGAAAACGAACAGCCGAUCGCUAUCUGCAGGCUGAGGAGGCGCUGGCCGCCGGCUUGGAAGAAGAGACCACCGCAGAGUGGGAGACCGACAGUUCGUCAGAAAAGGAUAAUGCAGCAGGCAGCGAUAAUGCCUUUGCCCCAGCCAUGGGCGGGCGAGUUGUCCGUGGCCAGUUGAGCCCACACACGACUUGGGAAGACCUGGAAUGGAUCCGCAAGGAGUGGGACGGGCCGAUCGUGCUGAAGGGUAUCCAGACUGCAGAUGAUGCGAAACUGGCGUUGGACUACGGGUGCGAUGGCAUCCUGCUCAGCAACCACGGCGGGCGACAGAUGCACACCGCGCCGAGCGCGCUCAUGACGCUCCUUGAGAUCCGGACGUAUUGCCCCGAGGUCAUUGGUAAGCUAGAGAUAUUUCUUGACGGCGGACUGCGAGACGGGAACGAUGUGCUGAAGGCGCUGUGUUUGGGUGCAACAGCAGUCGGUGUUGGCCGGCCGUUCCUGUAUGCGCUCGCAGCGUACGGUACGAAGGGCAUCGAGCGUUGUAUUGAUAUCCUUGCUGAAGAGCUGCAGACGGGCAUGCGCUUGCUGGGUAUCACAUCGUUGGAUCAGUGCAAGCCGGAGAUGGUCAACGCCAGCCGCCUGCUGAACAAGAUGUGGCGGCCAGAGCAGUCUGUGUUGAAGAGCAGGUUGUAAGUCGGAGCUUGAGAGUUCGAAAUCGACCAGUAUUGCGAGGCUUCUAAUGAACAUCUCCCGAGCCUGUUAGUAGUUAAGACUAUAGUGCUUAUUCCUAUUCGUUUCUCCAUCAACAA